AUGGAGGAGACUGCAACAACGGAGGAAGCCGAGGAGUUAAAAACCUCUAGCGAGGGCAUCGCCUUUCUGUCCAGCAUAGGUGAGUUAAAUAGAGGUAGCUGAGUCAGUGAGUGUUGGCACCUGCACUCUCAAGUGCCUCUUUCAUGGUAGCCCUGCUAUGGCUGUAGCUAGUUUUCAUAAUGUGUGUGUGUUUGUGUAGGGGCCACGGAGAUGCAGCAGUGUGUGUUUGAAGACUCUCUGGUGACAGUGUCCGAGGGGGGCAGAGAGCUGGGAGAGUUUAAGGUGACUGUGGAGAGGAGCAGCUGCAGGGAGCAGCCUUGUCUGCUGCUGCACGCACACAGCCAUGGAGCUAUUGACAACACUCCCUGUGGUACAGCCAUCACUGGUAAGACUAGGGGGGAAGAGUCUUGAGUGUUGGUCUUUCUAAGUCUGCGAUUACUAUCUCUGUCUCUCUUUCCAAUCAGCCUACCUUUCUUUGAACCUGGAGACCCUGGAGCAGAACCACCACGAGUACGUCAAGGUAAACCAGCUUGAACUGCCUGAAACCGGUCUACACAGGCUAGACCAUUUUACAAAACCUUAUAAGACUAAAACAUCAAAACUCUGCAAUAUAACAUUCCCAUAAAUUCUCUGCUAACCUAACGUAGCAGGCAUAGAAAGACCCCCUGAGCAGAGUUCACGCUUCAGUUUUUCAUGGAAAACUGUGAUGAGUGUGAUGGAAGGAGUCAGGCGCAGGAGGGUAAUCACCGAAUAAAGAGUUUAUUCCUUCGUUACACAAAAUAUGCUGGAAUAGCGACAAACGAAACAGGCACAGGUGAAAUAUCUACCCUGGCAACAAAAUGGUACGAGUAGCUCCACUGAGCUAUACUACUCUCACAUUCAAACAAUCACCCACAAGGACAAGGGGGCAGAGGGAACACUUAUACACGGACUAAUGAGGGGAUUAGAACCAAGUGUGUGUGAUUGACAAGACAAAUGUGAUGAUGAUAAUUGGGGCGGCAGUGGUUAGUAAGCCGGUGACGACGAACACCGAAGCCUGCCCGAACAAGAAGGGGAGGCAGCCUCGGCGGAAGUCGUGACAAAAACGGAAGUCAGGUUGAAAAAACCAGACGUUUGCGUUUUCUGGCGAUUCCGCAUAGACUAAUUCUCUGCUCUCAGCUUCAGGACCACCGAUUGGACAGGAAGUGUCACAUGGUCCAGCGUGAUGGACAGCUGGUGGUGAACAAAAUCACCACUGUGGGAGAGGUGAGAGAGAAAUGGGGGGAGGAGGUAUAUGUAUGUGUGAGGUAGGAGGGCAGUGUGUGUUUUCCAUUGUGCUCUUUGAGAAGGAUUUCUAUCUGAGAAUUCUAACCUGGUGUGUGUGUGUGUGUGUGUGUGUGUGUGUGUGUGUGUGUGUAGGAGGUGAGGAGGCAAACCGUGUCUUACCCUCUGGCCUCUGUGAAGGGGUUAGUGUGCGAGGGCUCUAACCUGCUGCUGCUGAGGGUUUUCGCUCUGAGGAAGAACAUCCCGGAAAACAUGACCUUCCUCUCCUUCGACCAGGAUGCACACAUCUCCACCUCCACAUACGUGAGUGUGUGUGUGUGUGUGUGAGCCUACUUAUACAGUAGAAAUGUGUGUGUCUUCUUUGUGAAAAGUGUGCAUGAGUUUGUUUACAGUACUGGAACUUUUUAUUUGUGUUCUCAUUUGUGUUUGAUUUGACCGUGUAUUGACCACGUGUUUUGGGUAAUGAGUGGUCUAUCUGUGGUCAGAGGGAGCUGGGGUGCAGGCAGCAGACAGUGGGAGAGGAGGUGGUGGAGGUGUUUGGGGUGGAGAGGACGGUCGACUUGGUGGAGGACAUCCCAGCCACGUGGCACUGCUACUUCCUGCCUGACGGGUAA